AUGGGAUCAAAUAAAGCAAUGGAGGAUUUCAUAGCGAAUAUGCCAAACCCAGAUGCAAUAUUCCAGUCUUGGUGGCCGUUUCUGAUCGCUGGUGCCAUUGGAACAAUUUAUGGAGUUCGCCAGUGGAUCAGAGGCCCCCAGUGCAUAGGGGGAGCCAAUUUGAAGAACAAGACUGUGAUUAUUACAGGGGCAAGUGGCUGCAUUGGCAAGGCAAUCGCCAUGAAUUUUGCAAGGAGAGGUGGGAAAAUUGUGUUGGCUGGCAGGAAUGAAGCAGAGGGGAAACAAACAGCAGACGACAUUCGCAAGGAAACUGAAAACAUGAAUGUUUACUUUCUGAAACUGGAUCUUAACUCCUUCAAGUCCAUCCAAGAAUUUGUGGAAAAAUUCAAGAAAAAGGAGAAGAGUCUACAUGUCCUGAUCAACAAUGCAGGUGUCAUGAUGUGCCCCAAGGAGAAGACAGAAGAUGGCUUUGAUGUCCAGUUUCAGACUAAUUACUUGGGUCCUUUUCUCUUGACUGAAUUGUUGCUGGAUAUGCUGAAGGAAAGUGCUCCAAGUCGCAUCAUCAACACAACAGCUUCAGCACACAACCUGGGCGACAUUGACUUUGAAGAUGUGAAUCAGGAGAAGGGGGAACGCACUCUCGGAGACAUGUAUGCACAGAGCAAGCUGGCGGUGAUUCUGCAUACCUUCCAGCUGGCAGAGAGGUUGAAAGGUACUAAUGUUACUUGUAACGUGGUGAAUCCUGGCAUCUGUAAUACUGACAUAUAUCGACAUCUGCCACUCAAGUCCAAAAAGUUUAUCCGCGUCAGUUUUGCGCCAUUUAUGUGGAUGUUAAUGAAGUAUGCUGAAGAUGGUGCUCAGAUAUCGAUCUAUUGUGCGACAGCAGAAGAGUUAGCAGAAGUCACUGGAAAACAUUUCAAAGACUGUAAAGAGGUACCGCUAACUGGCAAAUGUAUGGACCCAUUGCUUCAAGAACAGUUGUAUAGAGCCUCACUGAAGUGGGUCAAGCAAGCAGCAGAGACUGUUGACACAGAUGAAAAGGACAAAGAAGAAAUCACAUCCAGCACACCAAAAACUGACAGUGACAAGAAGGGACAACCGGCUCACUCUGUAAUGGAGAGGGUUAGGCUAUAG